AGGGGGAUACCCAGAUUGGGAUGUGGAUGGAUGGAUGGAUGGAUGGUUGGAGGGAGGGAUCGAUACAUCGGGCAGUUGAGGAACCGAACGCGCGUGGUGGAUGUGGUGGAUGCGAUUGCCAGCUUGUCUUGCCAGCACGAUGCGGUUCCUAUUCGGGAUGCUGUUGCUCAGAACGGACUCGCGGACGCGGUGCGGGUAUCAAUGCGGCAAGGCUGAUGGUGGUGGCCAGCUAGCGGGGAGGUAGGGAGGUGGUGGAGGUAGGGAGGCGGCCGCGGUGAUGUGCUUGCUUGCUUGCUUGUUGGCAUCCGUGCCCGCAUGUGUAACUAUCACACAUGUAACUACAAAGAUACUGUGCGCCGGGUGGACCUUUAAUCCCUCUACAUACUCCAGAUGCCGACCGCUGGCGACGGCGGGUGGAGUAGGUACUUUGAUAUGUUGUAGUAGUAGCAAGUGUGGAUCCUUUCGUAGGUACUCUACUCUACUCCACCGUACUGGUACUUUAGAGUAGAUACAUCACCAAGGCAAGAGUUGUCUCUCCUUCUUUUCCACCCGCAUGCUUG